CUUAGUUGAUUAUCUAGCUUACAAUUAUAAGCUCCUUUAACUUUCACAUUUCUUGAGUUUUAAUUUCCUAUCAUCCAUAUGGCCAACUCAAUUUCCACAUUGAGCUUAAUAUUCCUUCUAUUGUUAUUAUUUGCAAAGGUAAAUAAUUCAAUAGCAACUAGCUAUCAUGGGGUUGAAACCAUAGGGAGAAAGACAGAUAGCCAACAAUUUUUACACGAAAUAAUUUUUGAUUUGGGAAGGAAGAUGAAGAAUAUGCAAAAUAGUAAUAGGAGGGCAUUGGUGGAUGCAGAUAGAGUGGCUCCCGGAGGACCUGAUCCUCAACAUCAUUAGCAACAAAGGUAUAGUCAGAAAUUUUGAUAAGGGAAUCCAAGAAACUCAAAAAUGCUAUAUUUGCGAUUUGAUCGUGCAUUUCUCUCACAUUAAGCUGGUUCAAAAAAAAGGUGUUAGAAAGUUUGUCUUUACUCAU